AUGAGUACCCAAGAUCUACAAACAGGGCAUCAAGCCCGAUUCUCGAUGGACUCUACAGCAUCAUCAACAACCCGUACUAGAACAAACUCGAUUCGCGUGCCCAACUUACCCCCAAAUCAACAUGGUACUUCACCUUUAGCAAAAGCUGGUGUGAAGGGAGAUGGACUGAUGAUAUUUAUCACAUGUUUCGUAUCGCUUGGUGUCUUUUUGUUUGGAUAUGAUCAAGGUGUUAUGUCGGGGAUCAUUACUGGUCCGUAUUUCAAAGCAUACUUUCAUAAUCCAACAGCAUACGAAAUUGGAACAAUGGUUGCAAUUUUAGAGAUUGGUGCUUUAAUCACAAGUUUGGCAUGUGGAACAUUGGCAGAUAUGUGGGGACGCAAAAGAGUACUGCUGAUCGGUGCUUUGACAUUUUCUCUUGGAGGCCUUAUUCAAGCUUUCACAACCGGUUUCAAAAGUAUGGUCUUUGGUAGAAUCAUUGCAGGUUUUGGCGUGGGUGCUUUGAGUAUGAUCGUACCAAUAUAUCAAAGUGAAAUUUCACCAGCAGAAAAUCGUGGAAAGCUGGCAUGCAUCGAAUUUACGCUGAAUGUUUUCGGAUACACUUCAUCGCUUUGGAUUGAUUAUGCUUGUUCAUUCAUCUCAGGAGAUGGGUCUUGGCGCUUCCCGCUUGCAGUUCAAGUGAUCAUCGGUCUGAUACUUGCUUUCGGCUCCAUCGUUAUACCCGAAUCGCCAAGGUGGCUUCUUGAUCAUGACCGUGAUGAUGAGGGUAUGCGUGUCUUGGCAGACUUGCAUGGAGGAGGUGAUCCUCGAGAGCCAAGAGCCAGGCUGGAAUAUCGUGAAAUCAAGGAAAAUGUUCAUUUUACCCGAUCUCAAGGUGAUCGUAGCUACUCAACCAUGAUGAGAGUCUACUGGUACAGAACUAUGAUUGCAUGUUCUUCACAAAUGUUCGCUCAACUGAACGGAAUCAACGUUAUUAGCUAUUAUGCUCCAAUGGUUUUUGAAAGUGCAGGCUGGAUAGGUAGAGAUGCAAUCUUGAUGGCCGGUAUCAAUGGAAUCAUUUACAUUUUAGCAACCAUUCCUACGUGGUUUUUGAUUGACGUACUGGGACGCAGAAAGAUUCUGAUGUUUGGAUCAAUUGUAACAGGAACCGCGUUGGCAGCAUGUGGGUACUUUUUAUACAUCGAUACAGCCAUCACGCCAAAAGCUGUUGUCGCUUGUGUGAUCAUCUUCAACGCUGCUUUUGGAAGUGGUUGGGGUCCGAUUCCAUGGCUUUACCCGCCAGAGAUUAUGCCUCUAGCAUUCCGGGCCAAAGGUACAAGUUUGAGUACGGCAACCAAUUGGAUCUUUAAUUAUAUCGUUGGAGAAAUGACGCCAAUCUUGCAAGAAAAGAUCAAAUGGCGUCUUUAUCCUAUGCACGCUUUCUUUUGUCUUUGCUCUUUGAUAUUUGUCUACUUUGCUUAUCCGGAAACGAUGGGUGUUCCGUUGGAAGAGAUGGAGGCAUUGUUUGGUGAUGAACCUGGACCGAUCCCUCAAAAAGACGAUGAGAUGGAUGAAGAAAAUCAACCACUUAACGAAGGUAGAAGGAGCAAUGAUGACGAAGAUCAUUCACCUGCUAGACCUUCACGGAGAAGUAUCUCAUCACAUCCUCGAUUUAUGAGUGAAGAAGAAUUGGCAGCACGUCAGGCAGCUAUCAAGGUUGCUCGACUAGAAAGAAAAAAUCAAACUUGGGGCUUCUUGGGAAGAGGAUCAUCAUCGUCGUCCAAUUCACGAAGAACAAUUGCCAGCUGGUUCGGAGGAAAUUCUCAAAGACAAGAAAGUGCACACGAAAGUACACCUUAUCAACCGCUCAAUCGAGAAGAACAGUAG